CCCGGCGUCCGUGGAGAAAUCACCGCAAAUCCGUGUGUGAGUUCGAGAUCGAGAGAGAGAGAGAGAGAGAGAACCAAAACGAAAAUCUGUUCCUUUGCCAGAGAGGUCUCAGGAGAGAGAAAGAAGGGGAGAGAAUUAUCGGGAGAGGGAGGGAAUCGCUGUGCAUAUAAGCCAAGAAAAGCCCAUUUUUCUAGGCCGGGAGAGAGAGAGAGAGAGGCCUUCAGGAUCGGUGGUGCUAAAGCAACGGCGGAGACGGCGACUGCCACUGCGACGGCGGAAGCGGAAGCGGAAGCGGAGGUGCUGGUGCCGAUGGCGGAGUCGAACGGCGCCGUUUCCGUCGAUGCUGAGACGAUCUAUCUCGGUGGCAAGGAGCAUCAUGUGAAAACCGGCUUUGGUGUUGUGUCUGUCAUUGUAUGUGGAGACCCAGAGAAGCCAGCAUUGAUCACCUAUCCUGAUUUGGCCCUAAACCACAUGUCAUGCUUCCAAGGAUUAUUCUUCUGUCCUGAAGCAGCUUCCUUGCUGCUACAUAACUUCUGCAUUUACCAUAUCAGUCCACCUGGGCAUGAGUUGGGAGCUGCUCCAAUUAGUCCUAAUGAUUCUCUGCCUUCUGCUGAAGGCUUAGCAGAUCAGAUCCUUGAAGUUCUCAAUUAUUUUGGACUUGGGGUGGUGAUGUGUAUGGGAGUAACUGCAGGCGCUUACAUCCUCUCCUUAUUCGCUAUGAAAUAUAGGGAACGGGUUCUCGGGUUGAUACUUGUCUCACCUGUAUGCAAGGCGCCGUCCUGGUCUGAAUGGUUCUAUAACAAGAUCAUGUCGAACUUGUUAUAUUUCUACGGUACGUGUGGAGUGGUGAAAGAACUUUUGCUUCAGAGAUACUUCAGCAAGGAAGUACGUGGAAACAUAGAGGUUCCAGAGUCGGAUAUCGUGCAAGCUUGCAGAAGACUGCUUGAUGAGAGGCAAAGCAUAAACAUCAUGCGGUUUCUGCAAGCAAUUGACCGGAGACCCGACAUCACAAGUGGACUGAAGAAACUAAAAUGCAGGACACUCGUAUUCAUCGGGGAUCAAUCUCCGUUCUACUCAGAAACCGUUCAUAUGGCUGCCAAUAUGGACAGAAGAUAUUGUGCCUUGGUCGAGGUUCAGGCAUGUGGAUCAAUGGUGACAGAAGAGCAACCACAUGCAAUGCUGAUACCAAUGGAGUAUUUCUUGAUGGGGUAUGGGUUAUAUAGACCAAGCUGUUUCACAGGUAGCCCCAGAAGUCCUCUCAGCCCUUCUUGCAUCUCUCCCGAGCUCCUCUCUCCCGAGAGCAUGGGAUUGAAGCUUAAGCCUAUCAAAACUCGGGUUUCCUCUUAGUUCUUCUUCCUCUCUCUUCAUUUUCUUCAUCCUGUUUCUAACCCGUUUUGUUCUUGAUUUGUUCCAAGUUUUCUGGGCAUUGUAUCUUAGGUCUUGUAAGUAAAAGUGAUUAGUGAGAAAGAAGAGGGCACAA